AUGCUGACAGCUAUGUUCUUGGCUGCGCUCAUUCUUAUUACAGUACAUUCGCAAGAAACUGAGGAAACCAUAACGUACACGCAAUGCACAGAUGGCUAUGAAUGGGAUCCUGUUAGGCAACGGUGCAAAGAUAUUGAUGAAUGUGAAAUAGUCCCAGAUGCAUGUAAAGGUGGGAUGAAAUGUGUUAACCACUAUGGAGGAUACCUCUGUCUACCCAGAACAGCACAAAUUAUUGUAAAUGAGCGAGAAGAAGCAGCAGCUGAAUCCACAAGUGGUCGAAACAACGUCAUUCGCCGGACCCCGGCCGACCCCCAGCGCACCCCUCCCAACCCAACCCACCAAAUCCAGUGUGCAGCUGGGUAUGAGCAAAGCGACCACAACGUGUGCCAAGACAUAGAUGAAUGUGCAAGUGGAACCCACAAUUGUAGAGCUGACCAAGUGUGUGUCAAUUUAAGAGGGUCCUUCAGCUGCCAGUGCCCUCCAGGCUACCAGAAGCGAGGGGAACAGUGCGUUGACAUCGACGAGUGCACCCUACCCCCGUACUGCCACCACCGCUGCGUGAACACCCCCGGCUCCUACUACUGCCAGUGCAACGCUGGCUUCCAGCUGGCAUCCAACAACCACACCUGCGUGGACAUAAACGAAUGUGAUGCCAACAACCCAUGUGCACAGCAGUGCUACAACAUCCUGGGUUCUUUCAUCUGCCAGUGUAAUCCAGGCUUUGAGCUAAGCAGUGACAGAAUCAACUGUGAAGACACCGAUGAAUGUAGAACCUCAAGUUACAUAUGUCAGUACCAGUGUGUCAACGAGCCAGGGAAGUUCUCCUGUGUGUGCCCUGAAGGAUACCAGGUAGUAGGAGGCAGGACAUGUCAAGAUAUUAACGAGUGUGAGACCACUAAUGAAUGCAGAGAGGAUGAAAUCUGCUGGAACUACCAUGGAGGGUUCCGUUGUUACCCCAGAAAUCCUUGUCAAGAGCCUUACAUCCUUACCUCAGAGAACCGCUGUGUGUGCCCAGUGUCCAAUGCCAUUUGCCGGGAGCUGCCCUACUCAGUGGUGUACAAGUACAUGAGCAUCCGUUCUGACAGGACCGUGCCCUCUGACAUCUUCCAGAUCCAGGCCACCACCAUCUACCCCAAUACCAUCAACACCUUCAGGAUCAAGUCUGGCAACGAGAAUGGGGAGUUCUACCUGAGGCAAACGAGCGCUGUGAGCGCGAUGCUGGUGCUGGUGAAGUCCCUGUCAGGCCCCAGGGAGCACAUCGUGGACCUGGAGAUGCUGACGGUGAACAGCCUGAACUACCGCACGAGCUCGGUGCUGAGGCUAACCAUCAUCGUGGGACCCUACACCUUCUAG